UCUGCUUACUUCUCCUGUCCGCUUGAUCGUGGCGCGUGUGGGUGAUGUUUGUAUGUGUUCAUGUGUGCAUGUCUCGACCCACCUCUGCUCCACAUACCGUACCGAUUGUCCCUGCAUUCACACAGGCAGGUGGGAGACUGGCUGUCUUCAGAACAGGCACAGAGUGACUACGCACCUUAUUUCUAUGAUAAUGGUCCCGACAGUAACAGCGGUAACAUGGCAUUAUUCAGUCUUUCAGAGGAUACACCAAAAGGAACAGAGAUAUAUGUUCUAAAUGGAACCGAUCCUGAAGGCCAGCCAGUAAAAUAUGGGCUAGCCUUUGAACCGGGAUCCAAAGAAUAUUUUCGUGUUCAUCCCAAAUCUGGAGCACUAACUCUGAUAGAAGAGCUGGAUAGAGAGGAACAAGAUGAAAUUGAGGUACUUGUCAGCAUCUCAGAUGGCCUUAAUAAAGUAGUUGAAAAGGUUUCAGUGUUUGUAAUGGAUGCCAAUGAUGAGAGACCACAGUUUCAGAACAUGCCCUCUGUCCUAGAUGUGCCAGAGAGCGCUACAUCUGGGAGUAGCAUCUACAAAGUACAAGCAGUGGACAGAGACACUGGUUCGGGGGGAUCAGUCACAUACUUCCUACAGAGCACUGAACUGAGCACAAAGUUUGCCAUUGACCACCAUAGUGGCGUACUGCGGAUAAAACCGGGUGAAGCCCUCGAUUAUGAGAAAUCCCGCACACAUUUCAUCACUGUGGUAGCAAAGGACGGGGGUGGCAAUUACAAUGGCAAGCAACAAGUGAUGUCAUCAUCUGCCACUUUAACAAUAAAUGUCAUUGACACUCAAGACACUCCUCCUAUGUUUGUUGGAACACCUUACUUUGCUUAUGUCUAUGAAGUCUCCUCGCCUGGCUCUGAAAUAUUUACAGUUUUUGCCAAAGAUGGUGACAUGGAAAAUCUAAAUGCAAUCAUGUAUUCAAUAGAUUCUGGAGCAGAUGGGGUUUUUGCCAUCAAUAAAACCAGUGGAUGCAUAACUCUGAAGGUGUACCCAACCCAACUGAGGAGGGAAAUCUUUCAUAUAAAAGUCAAGGCUUCAGAGGUGGGUGCAGAUGGAAACCUCAUGGACUUUGCUAUCACCACAGUAACCAUUCGGGUGGUGGAUCUGAACAACCAUCCACCCACAUUCUUUGGAGAGAACGGACCACAGAACAUGUUCGAGUUAACUAUGUAUGAGCAUCCUCCAGAGGGAGAGGUCCUGAGGGGCUUGAGAAUCACAGUCAAUGAUUCAGACCAGGGAGCGAAUGCAAAAUUCCACCUUAGGUUGGUGGGUCCAGGUCGUAUGUUACGAGUGGUUCCUCAAACUGUCCUAAAUGAAGCCCAAGUCACCAUCCUAGUAGAGGAUUCUGCUGCAAUAGAUUUUGAGAAAUCACAAUUCCUGACAUUUAAGCUCCUAGCUGUAGAGAUUGACACGCCUGAGAGAUUCAGUGCCACAGCAGAUAUCAUCAUCCAUUUACUAGACACCAAUGAUAAUGCUCCAAAAUUCACUUCUGAUUUUUACAUAGCCCGGAUUCCAGAGAACUCACCUGGAGGUUCCAAUGUUGUGUCUGUGACAGCCACAGAUCCUGAUUCUGGUAUUUGGGGUGUGGUCAAAUACUCCAUCUAUGGCUCUGGAGCAGACUUGUUUCUCAUUCAGCCUGAUUCUGGAAUCAUCUACACACAGCCCUGGGCCAGUCUGGAUGCUGAGGUUAAAUCAAAGUAUAACUUUUAUGUAAAGGCUGAAGACACUGAGGGAAAAUACAGUCUUGCAGAGGUCUUUGUUACGAUUCUAGACCUUAAUGACCAUCCACCAUCAUUUAAUGAAAACUCUCUAGAAAAGACAAUGGUGAUUGGUGCACCAGUGAAAAUAGAGGCAACUGAUGAAGAUGCAGAGGAGCCCAACAAUGUAAUUGAAUACUCCAUCAUGAAAGCUGACCCAGACAAUGUAUUUGACAUUGAUGCAGACACAGGAGAAAUAAAGCUGAAGCCAUACAUCAAGUCCAUGGACAUAGUCCAGAACAUUACCAAUCAGAAAGACUGUACUUGGUCUGUGGUGGUUCAGGCCAAAGACAGAGGUUCUCCAUCCUUCAGCACUACCACUGUGGUAAAGAUUGAUAUCACAGAGGCGACUCAACUCAGUGGACCUUUGACGUCCUUUUUAAUGAAAAGUAGGGAAAAUCCCAUGCAAAUCCUAGGCUUGAUCGCUGGUGUCAUUAUAAUUAUGGUUUUUGUGACAGUCUUGAUCUCUACUGUAAUAUACAUGAGAAACAUAAAGUCCAACAAGAUCCUACCUUCCCGUCGAAUCAUAAGGAGGAAACGUAGACAUCAGAGACAAGAGAACUUCCAGCAACCGUUUAGAGAGGAAAACCCUGGAGAUUCAUUUAGAGAGAGGGAACUGGAGAUCCCCACAGUAAAGAAUGUCAACUGUAACAAUAACAUCAGAGUGUGUACUCAUCAUCGAGCACCUCCAUCACCUCCUAAUGCCCCGGUUUUACCCCCGCCAUUGCCAAGUCACUAUAGACAAAGUGACAGGGAUUGGACAAUACCUACAAUUUCUGCUUCAGUGGCCUCCAAGUCAAAGAAAAGGGGUAAAGACAAUCCUGUAAACACAGCGUUGGUUUCUGAGCUCAAACUUAGACUGGAACAGAAAAAGAUGGCUAACCGAUACUGAUUAUCUGUGCAUGUGAAUGUAUUAGUGAAAUGCAUGUGGGUUUUCUGUAAAAAGAUUUACCAGUGUUCAUUGGAGACAUGAGAAGAUUAUCAUCCGUGCUUCUUUUUAUCAAGAAGAUUUGCUGAAGUGAUGACCAUGAGUACAAGAUCUCAGCGGGAAUUGGCCUCUUCUACCAACUCUGUAUGCAUUAGAAAGAAUGCAGUAACUAGCUUGCAGAGUUUAGCUGGGGCUGCAGGUUGGCCAUAAUAAUAGAGGCAAGAGGGGUAGUUUCAACAUGGAUAACACACUGCUAAUCAGCAUGUUGUUACCCAGUGUACUGCCAUCUUCUGGAUGGAAAAUAAUUUGGUUUAUUCUUGUGGCUUACUGUACAUUUCUCCAUCUGUUGUUACUUUACAUACAAAUGUAUUAUAAUGGUACCACAGAAGUUAGUCAUCAUCUCGACUGUGAGGCACCAACAUGGAAAAUAAAAUACGCCCUUGAAUUUUUCUUUAUAAUUGUAAUUUUUACUCACUGCAUGAUUAUUUAAAGGGAACAAUGGUUGUUUGUGGCCAUUGAAUAAAUGCAUUCCAGAUCUCAUACCUUAUCAUACCAUCUAGAACUUUGAAAUGCCAAAUUGUUUACAGAGAUGUUUUACAGCUUUUUUUUAUUUAAUUUUUUGACAAACCCAGAUGACUGACACCUAAAAUCACAUACAAAUCAAAUAUUAUACUCAGUGGUAGGCUGGCACUUGCAAAUGUCUAGAAUAAAUAUUGAAUGUGUACUUACUGGUUAGCAACAUUUAUACCAGUAAAUAGUUACAUGACCUCCUAUCCUUCAAUUAAUCACAAUGAAGAUAUUCUUGUUAUAUUCUGUUGUGCAUAUGUUUUAACAAUCAAACCUACCUUGUCCUUCUUCAUCAAAUUUAGUGUUAAAUAAUAACUGAUUCUUGUGAUGGACGUUUAUAUUCACUCUUUUGUAAAUAAAUGUA